AUGUCUGCUUUAUUUGCUGCUUCUAGGACCAGUUUGGCAACGCGUGCUGUUGCUUGCACCAGGCAACAUAGAUUCUCAUAUUUACAGUUAGCAAGAUUGUAUUCAUCAGGCAAAUUUCCACCACAUACUGUUAUUAACAUGCCGGCCUUAUCCCCAACAAUGACACAAGGUAACAUAGCUGCGUGGUCAAAGAAAGUUGGCGAUAAAUUGCUGCCUGGAGAGCCAAUUGCUGAAAUUGAGACAGAUAAAGCUACAAUGGAUUUUGAAUUUCAGGAAGAUGGCUACCUUGCUAAAAUCUUAUUAGAAGCAGGUACACAAGACAUUCCAGUUGGAAAGCCUAUUGCAGUUUAUGUCGAGGAUGCUGAUAGUGUCCCGGCCUUUGAAAAUUUCACUGCUGAAGAUGCUGGAGACAGUGGGGCAUCUGCUCCUCCAGCUGCCAAAGAGGAACAAAAAGAUGACACAUCUAAGGAUGAGCCGAAAGAAUCAAAGUCUGAAUCUCCAAAACCUUCAUCUCCUUCAUCUCUGUCAAAGAAACCUGUCAAUAGAAUUUUCGCAUCUCCCUUAGCCAAAACUAUUGCUUUAGACAAGGGAAUUUCGUUGAAAAACAUCAAGGGGUCAGGACCAAAUGGUAGAAUCGUUGCGAAGGAUCUCGAAAAUGCCACCCCAACACCUUCUGCUGGUGCUGGAACAGCUCCUGGUCCAACUUAUAAAGAUACACCUCUCACCAAUAUGAGAAAAACUAUUGCCAAGAGGUUGACCCAAUCCACCCAAGAAUGCCCAUCAUACAUAGUUUCUUCCGAGAUCUCUGUUUCAAAGUUGUUAAAAUUACGUCAAUCCCUCAAUGCGUCGGCUGAAGAUAGAUACAGAUUAUCAAUUAACGACCUUUUGAUUAAGGCUAUUGCUUUAGCAUCUUUAAGAGUACCAGAGGUUAAUUCAGCUUGGUUAGGUGACCAAGGAAUUAUCAGAACAUACAAAGCUGUAGAUGUUUCGGUCGCAGUUGCAACUCCUACUGGCUUGAUUACUCCAAUUGUCAAAGAUGCAGACACCAAGGGUUUAGCUGCUAUUUCGAAGGAAAUCAAGGCUCUUGGAAAGAAGGCUAAAGAAGGAAAAUUGAGUCCAGAAGAAUAUCAAGGUGGUACUAUUACCAUUUCAAACUUAGGUAUGAAUCAUGCUGUCAACAGUUUUACUUCUAUCAUCAAUCCACCACAGUGUGCUAUUGUUGCAAUUGGUACCGUCACGAAGAAAGCUGUUCCUUCAGAGGUGAAUGAGCAAGGUUUUGUUUUCGAUGAUGUCAUCACAAUUGUUGGUUCUUUUGAUCAUAAAGUUGUGGAUGGGGCCUUAGGUGGUGAAUGGAUAAAAGCUUUGAAGAAGAUCGUCGAAAAUCCAUUAGAGAUGUUGAUUUAA